GUCGUCGAGCCCAUAAUAUGAUAACGAGCCGCCGUUGAAGGAGAUACAAAGCGACGCCGUUUAAACUGCAGCGGUGACCUCCGUUCUUCCCUCUCUCUGAAGCUUCGCUCGGAGAUUCGAUUCAACCCUUCAUCUAAACCCUAAAAUCAGAAACAAUUUGUCACAUUCUUCAAUGGACGUGAAGGCUUUGGCAAAAUCAAAGAGAGCUCACACACAACACCAUACCAAAAAAUCUCACGGAAACCACAAUGCCCAGACCACAAAUGAUGCUGCGAAGGUGCCACUGGGCAAGCAGCAAGUGAUCGAGAAGAAAACCCAUCACCCUCGUGCUCAGGGCUCUUCUGCGCUUCCCACCAAUUGGGAUCGCUACGAGGAAGAAGGAUUGGAUUCUGGGCUUGUAGGGAUCAGUGAUGAUGUUGUGCCUAAAAGUAAAGGGGCUGAUUUUCGUCACUUGGUUGCUGAGGCUCAGUCUCAAGCUGAGAACACUUUCCAGGGUUCACCUUCUUUUGAUGAGCUUCUUCCUUGGGAGUAUGGUGUAGGAUUCGGUUCUAUGCUUGCUGUCAGGGGAGAGGGCAUGCUGUCGUGGGUUGGAGAUGAUAAUUUUGUGGUAGAGGAUAAGGCAACUGCAAAUCAUGAGGUAUCAUUUACUUCCUUGAAUUUGCAUGCUAUAGCUGAAGCUCUUGCAAAAGUUGACUUAUCAAAGAAAUUAUUCAUUGAGUCUGACCUGUUACCCACUGAGUUGGGCGGCAAUGAAGAACCUGAUGAUCUGAAAACUACAGAGGACACUGAACUAGCCAAUAGGAUGUCUAAAGAUUUAAACCUAGAUGAUUUUGCUGCAGAUCAGUUUGGAUCAACUAGUACCUCCUGCAGUAGCAGCUGUGCUCCUUCUACCUUCACUUUGUCCAACGAUUUUAUGGUUCCUGUGAACUAUGUUAAUGAUGAAUUUCAGCAUGUUGGCAGUUCUGGUAAAAUGAAAUCAUGCCUUCCAAGUGCAGAAGGUAAUUUACAUUCUACUAAAGAUAAAACAGGGAAGCAGCCUACAUUUGAGGCAGCUACUGCUGAAAAGGAACUGGAUAUGCUACUAGAUUCACUUGGUGAGACCAAGAUUCUAGAUUCUACGGGCGUGAAGUCCAAUGCCGGUUUUCCUGUAUCGUUGGGAGCGUCUUUGGUGGAUCCUUCCCAGAUUUCAUAUCAAGAGCCAGCUACAUCGGAAACUGCAUCAGUUACAGCUAGUAUAGAUGAUGCACUUGAUGACUUGCUAGAGGAAACAUCCACUUUGAUGAAUCCAAAUGUUUCAUUACGGCGGCCACAGGAAGAAAAGCCUGUCACCCAGAGCAUAAAUUCUUCUUCACAUUCUGGAAGCAAACCCAAAUUGUCUGAUGAUUUUGAUUCAUGGUUUGAUACACUUUGAUAGUUAAGGUUAAUCAUCCUUGUUAUGUGUAAUAUGAUGUGUUCAUCUUUGUUUUAGCUAAGAGAAAAUGGCCUUGUCUUCUUCCAUUACUGUGUUCUAUGGUUCCUGACCUAUUACGAGAAAGCGUGAUCCUCUAUCGAAUGAAUUGCCCCUUUGGCUGAUGUUUACAGCAAUGCUGAUUGA